AUCAAAAACCCUACCCCUCUUACGAGUUUUCCCUCUUCCGAUGUACGGGUCCGAGAAUAACCGCGAUGAUUCUGAGCGAACCGCUUUCAGAAGAGCAGAGAAGAAAUACAAGCUCUACUACGACAACAAUGCCUCUUCCAAGAACAAAAAGAAAAAACAACCUAAACCAGUGGAUUUAACGGAGGUUCUUGACUUCAGAGCCAUUCUAGAAUGCUAUCUUCGAAACGGUGCGCUUCCUCCCGGUGUUAUCGUUCUUCACGACAACUUCACCUCUCCGGUUUUCUCUUUGCAAAAUCGCCCAGGCUUUUAUUUUAUUCCUGGGGCAUUAACCAUAGAGAAACAAUGUAGUUUGAUAAAGGAAAGUUUGACUGAUUUUCCGCAGCCCCCUAACAGAACAAAUCACAAUGCCAUUUAUGGUCCAAUUCAGGAUGUUUUUGGUGCUGCUAAGGAAGGGAAAGUUUUGGUCGAAGACAACUCACCAAUUCCUUCAUCAGAAACUGGUGCUGAUAUAGAUAAUGGAGAUUGUAAGGAAUGGAAAUUUGCUACCCAAAAGGAAGCGUCGUUGCGAAAGUGCAAAUCCGUUUCUGCUUCUGCGUUGCUUCGGAAGUUGCGAUGGAGCACCCUGGGCCUGCAGUUUGAUUGGUCCAAACGGAAUUACGAUAUGUCUCUCCCACAUAACAAAAUCCCUGAACCACUGUGUGAACUUGCCAAACAAUUGGCCAAGUCUGCUUUACCUGCUGGUGUUGAAUUCAGACCUGAAGCUGCAAUUGUGAAUUACUUUGGUUUAGGGGACACGCUGGGUGGUCACCUUGAUGACAUGGAAGCAGAUUGGAGCAAGCCUAUAGUUAGUUUAAGUCUGGGUUGCAAGGCUAUAUUUCUUUUGGGAGGAAAAUCCAGAGAGGAUACUCCUCUGGCAAUGUUCCUUCGAAGUGGCGAUGUGGUUCUCAUGGCUGGAGAUGCAAGGGAAUGCUUUCAUGUUUCAAGAUUUUUCCUAACUACUAGGAAUUGGUUUCAUCAAUGUCGCAGGGGUUCCUCGAAUCUUCACAGAUGAAGAAAAUGCUGAAAUAGGGCAUCUCGAGACACAGCUAUCGCAUGAAGAUGAUCUUUGUUUCUUAAAAUACAUCCAAACUUCUAGAAUCAACAUUAAUAUCAGACAAGUUUUUUGAGUAGUCUUUCCUUUUCUUUCAAAGUGAAAAUUUGUUGUAUCAGUUCAUGAAACAAAUUAUUAUUUAUUAGUUAUAAUGUAAGAGAUUAUUGCUUCGUUUCAA